GUAAUAUUGAUAUUAUUCAAGAUGGCGGCGCUCAGUGCGGGCCGCGUGGUUGUUCGCGGAGGCGCAGAUCUUGUUAAAAACCGUCCCGUAUUUUCGUCAGAUUCAAAAUACGUCUUUGUGGCCUCUGGGUACACUGUGAAAGUCUUCAAUGUGGCUAGUGGUGAUUGUGUGAGACAGCUGAGAGGUCACGAUGGUGAGGUCACAGGGGUGGUGGUUAACCCACAAAACAAACUACAGGUGUUCACAAGUUCUACGGAUGGGACAAUCAACCAAUGGGAUUACAUGGAUAGUGUACUACUAAAGACAUUGUAUGUCAGAUCCCCGAUUCACGGUCUCUUCGCGCAUCCAGCCAUUCCAGAUUAUCUGUUUGCCACAACAUUUGAUGAGAAAAGUGAUAAGAAGUCCCGACUGAAACUUGUCAAGAUAGCAAUCCCCAAAAUGGCUGGCACGUGCGUGGAUGUGCAGGAUAAGUUUCUAUUGGGGAACGUCCUGGCCGGUGACAAAGGCAUAGCGUUUGGUGUCGGAGGAGAAUUCAUUGCCACCGUCAAGGGAAACACGCUCAAAAUUUUGUUCAUGGAGGACUUAAGCCUGAAAAAACUGUCUCCUGACAAAACCCCUCUGACAUGUGUUGCCUGCCAUCCGGUCGAUUACUGUAUAGCUGUGGGCGAUGAAAAAGGCCGCAUCUCCAUCUGGCGUAACUUUCACAAGAAGGAGCGUCGAGCGCUCGAGCACUGGCACUCACUGAGAGUUGAGGAUUUGUGUUACUCACCGGAAGGAUCAGUGUUAUACAGCGUUGGUCAUGAGUGCACCCUAGUGGAAUGGCAACAUGAGUCGUUACAGAAGAAGUUCCUGCCACGGCAAGGUGCACCAAUCAACCACGUCACCUGCUCACCAAACAGUCAACAGAGGGCGCUGUCACUCAUGACAAAUGCUAUUCUCAUCCAAUCCCAUCAGAAGACGACGCAGACCGUCCAGGGAUUGGUGCACACAAACUUCAAUCGCAGGCGGGAGGGCUACCUACCCACAGGCCUGGUCAUUGAUCCCCACACGAGAGCGUUAGUUACCAAUGGCAUGGUGGGACAGCUGCAGUUCUAUCAGCUGGAAGAGGAUCGCCUUUUAUUUAGUCUGGACAUCACAGGUGAGAAUUACAUAUCCCCAGCAGACCUGGGACAUCCCCUAAUGCACACCGAGGUAGAGAAGGUGACCUUUGACCUGAGGGGAGAGUGGAUGGCCACAGUGGAGCGAAGAGACGACAAACAAACAUCACCCGAGAUGCGUCUCAAAUUUUGGCAGUUUGAUAAGCUGAAACAAAGUUUCGUCUUGAACACUGUCAUCUCAGAACCUCAUACCGGUAGGAUUAGCUGUCUCAGUUUCAGGCCAUCUUCCUCAUCAGUGUCACAUGACAUGUACGAACCAAUGGCCGUCACCGCCGGGGAUGAUGGGAAAUUCAAGCUGUGGGCUCUUGCAAAUGAUGACGACAGUCACAGUAAAAACAGAAGUUGGGGCUGCGACUCUGUGGGCUUCUUCAGGGAAGACAUGCCCAGAUGUGCCUGCUUCUCAUCAGACGGGUCCCUUCUGGUUGUUGCCUUUGGUCAUGUGGUGACGAUUUGGGACCCAGACGUCAAUGUCUUGAAGAAGACACUCUGUCAUGGAACGAAGGACCACCUAAUAGAGCACAUGGCAUUCGGGCAUGGUUCAGCUUCCCAUUGUCUGGUUUCGGCCUCAUCAAGUGUUCUGAAUGUGUGGAGCCUACUAACUUGCAGUGUAAUAUGGCGAGUCAAUAUGAAAGUCAGUGUACUGGCUGCGGACACCGAGUCUGAGUUUGUUGCCGUAUUUGACAAGUCAGGAAAUUUGUUUGUUUUCCACCCGCUGGAGCCCAAGCUUGUCUACUCCAAGCAAGACCUCCCCACACCACACAUCAUCAGUGCAGUAUUCAUCCCUAAGACAAGAGAAGACACAUCUGCAGCUAGGAGGUCAGAUCUCCUGCCGUGGGAGACGCACUCCCAUCUUUACUUUGUUACAAAGUGCCUGAUGCUGGCGACUGUGACGAGUCAAGUUGAUCAGCAAAGAGCGAACCGUGCUGACUUGGAGGAGAGGUUACCACCCACACCAUUCGCCAUGCUGUUGAACAACCAGCAGCGCAAAGUGGAUAAGGAGGGAGAAGGAGUCAGGAUGCAAGACCUGCCUGCCUCAGCUAACAUGAGAGAGAUGCUGCAAUCACCGGCUCAUAUAUUACCACCAGUCAAGUCUUUGUGUGCCACUUUCCUCCAAGGGCUGCUAAACCCAGGGGCAAAAGCUCUCCAAAGGAGAGACGAAGUAGACACAGAUGAAUCAGAUGCAGAAAGCGACAAGGAAUCAGACUCGGAAGAGUCCGACAUGGAAACCGAGACAGCUGUCAGAGGCCAUAUGACCCAAUCAAAAGACACUGGAAACAGUACUGAUCAAUCAGAGCAUCACGUCCGAUCAGGUGAUCAGUAUGCAAAUGAAGCACUAAGUGAGGCAGAUUAUAGGCGACUUGAGAAAGUGUCGAGGUCUGGGCUGAAAUGGAUGCGCAAGGUCUUCCAGGAAACUUACUAGGAGUUUUGGACCGGAGACAUGUUUCAGUUUGAAGGUGGAAGUGCAAAAGAAUGAAAGUCUGUCCUGAGCCUAUAUGGCUCAUCAGGCCGGCGUUUAUCUCUGGUUUCCUUGGCAUGAAACAGCUGAGAAUAUUUCUGUUCCCCUGGAUGGGAUGCUAGUCUAUCGCAGGUUACUCCCCAGCUAAUGCCGGUACCCAUUUGUACUCCUUGAUGGAGAGGGGCACGUUGGGGUUAACACAUGGCCUGCAGCUGGAUUUGAACCCCUGAGCCUUCGAUCAUGAGUCACAAACGCUAACCACUAGGCCAUGCCUCUCCCUCCCCCUCCCCCCACCCCCCACCCCUCCCCCCACCCAGAAAGUUUUGGAAAGUGAAAAGCCUGCUUCUAUUCCAAUGAUUUUUGAAAUGACAUUUUGUUUUUAAGACCAUGCUGCUAACUUUGUGCCAAGCCAGACAUUUGAAUGCUAUUGCUGCUGUGCCCUGGUGCCUAUGUGUAGCAUCUUCUCAGUAGAAAGAACUUGGUUCACUUUGUUUCUUUCUUGGAGGGACAAAAGAACCUUAUUGAUUUCUUCUCUGUCGACAAGCUCCGCACUGUCUCCUCUCUCUGUCUUCAACACAACAAUGACCAACCCCCUACUUCCAAUGUAUACAAUGUAUACAAUAUAAGCCUGCUUGCUCGCAGAGGUUCACUUCUGACCCUCAUAGUACAUACAUGUCAGAAGUUACAAAAAAUAGCAACCAGGCUGGUUAGACUUUACACGGGUUGUUUUUUUAGAUCCAACCCCCAAUGACAGAAAAUUUGUAAUAAACCCACAUCUCUUCCUAUGUACCAGUAACAACACUUCAGUUUGGUGUACACCCACAUAGAGAAUAAAAUUAGUCUGUAAACCUGGCACCCUGUGUAUGUUAAGCAUUGAGUGCAUGCAUGAUGUGCUCCACUUACUGGAACACUGUUGUGGUCAGGCAGCGCCCUCUACUGUUCUUAGAGGGAGUCUACAGAGUCAUUAUGAAAUGCUGAGGACUAUUUGUAAUCUACUACCAGUAAUGUCUUCUCCACUUACUUCACCACCUCCAAGUAAUCGAGGGGUUUCCCCCAAAGUCAGCCGGCUAAUGUAAGCUAUACCAUUGAUCAGUGCUGUAUGCAGACACCAUAUUUGUAUUAAUAUUUAACUCUUUUUCAAGGGUGGGGUGUUCUUUUUUAUGAACCUUGUCACAUGAGUUAGAAGUGUAUCCUAAAUGGAAUAAAAGAAUACAAAGGGAACUUAUUUGAUCAAAAUAA